AUGGUUUGCCAAGAAGAAAUAUUGAUUGAAAAAGUGUGUGACUUGUAUGAACAAAUCUCAAGUCUUGAAACACUCAAACCUUGCAAAAAUGUCGACAUGCUUUUCACUAAGCUUGUCCUCACAUGCAUGCCACCUAGUCCUAUAGAUGUCACAAAACUCCCAAAAACUAUUCAAGAAAAAAGAUCACACCUCAUAAGGCUAUGUGGUGAAGCUGAAGGGUAUUUGGAGAGUCACUACUCAGCUAUCUUAGGUUCAUACCAAAACCCUCUUCAUCAUCUUCAUAUUUUUCCUUAUUAUUCUAACUACAUCAAACUUGGUCACCUUGAGUUUUCUAUCCUUAGCCAAUACUGUUCUCAUGUCCCUUCCAAAAUUGCUUUUAUUGGUUCUGGACCUCUUCCUCUUACUUCAAUUGUAUUGGCUUCAAAUCAUUUACCUUCAACCACUUUUCAUAAUUACGACAUCGACCCUCUAGCCAAUUCCAGCGCUGAAAAUCUGGUGUCAUCUGAUCCUGACUUGUCAAACCGUAUGAUUUUUCACACCAAUGACAUAUUGGACGUGACUGACGAUUUGAAAGAGUUUGAAAUUGUUUACUUGGCUGCCCUCGUCGGUAUGAACAAGGAGGAGAAAAAUCGAAUCAUCGAUCAUCUGGAAAAGCACAUGGCUCCAGGAGCACUUCUUAUGCUACGAAGUGCUCAUGGAGCUCGUGCUUUUCUCUAUCCAGUAGUUGAACCUUCCGAUCUUCGAGGCUUUGAGGUUCUCUCGAUCUUCCACCCUAUGGACGAAGUUAUCAACUCGGUUGUCAUAUCGCGUAAGUAUCAUCUGCCUAUACACUCACUUGAUCAAGGCCUUGGUUCCAUGAUCCUACCAAACAAGUGUUCUGAGAUUCAAGUUUUCAAUCCUCUUAGAAGCCUCAACCAUGGGAAUAUGAUUGAGGAAUUGACCAUUGAGGAUCAACUCUUGUGA